GUGUUUCUUUGACUGGCGGCGCUCUGGAUCAAAGGCUGCUUUGGCUCUUCAGUCAUACGGCCCCGUAGCCUCUCGAGCGCAGGGUGUUCUUGUCAACACGGACGCUCCACUGUCUGGAUAUCGUAGCCUGUUUCGUUUCCCUGUGGAUUAUACCUUCUGAUGGUUUUCAACACAAAGUCGAUGCAUAGAAAUGGGUAAACUGCACUCGAAACAUGCCGCUAUUUGUAAACCGAGGGAGAGUCCGGAAGGCGACAGUUUUGUAGUCAAUGCCUGUUUGGCGAGAAAAGGAAUCGACGACUGGCUCGUGAAGCAGAAAUACUACUGCACGAGCUCUCGCCUUGAGCAGCCGGACUGUCACCACAAGAAUAACUGCGGCUUGACUGCACGGGACUCUCUGGAAGCAUGCGCUGAGGGAAUUAGUGAUGAACAUUACCGCUUAGAAGUGGCUUUACCUCCAGAGAAGACCAACAGCUGCUGUGUGGAGGAGAAGAUGCAGGAGAGGGACAGCCAAUCCCCCGCAGGGCCACAGAAGCAGCUCCAGUUUGAAGAACUGGAGUGUGCUGUGUCUGUGGAGGAGGAUAACAGGCAGGAGUGGACGUUCACUCUGUAUGACUUCGACAACAAUGGAAAAGUCACCAGAGAGGACAUCACCAGCCUUCUACACACCAUCUAUGAGGUCGUGGACGCCUCCGUCAACCAUUCUCCCAGCAGCAGCAAGACACUGCGGGUCAAACUCUCGCUGGCUCCUGACUCCAGCCAGCGGUGGAGGAGUUGCACGCAGGGUGUAGCAGACAUGUCCCACCCCAGAGAGAAAAAUGACAAGUGCAUAGAUGACCCCAAGAGUGCAGACAAGAAGAGUCGAGCUCUCCUAAGGCGCCACCACAGUGACCACCACACCCAGCCGGGCUGCCAGCGCCACUGUGUGGAUGAGAACCUGGAACGCAGGAACCACUACUUGGACCUGGCAGGCAUUGAAAACUACACAUCCCGCUUCGGAGCUGCUACUACCACAGAGCCGGCAAAGGCAGAGCCUCAGACCCGUUCAUCCAACCAGACUCGCUCUCGCUCACACGAGCCAGAAAAUGGUCAUUCACACACCCAUCACCGCCGCCUGCAUUCUGUCGUGGACGCCGUUUCUCCAGAAGGCCUCCACCCCUCCCGUACGCGAGUCCAGGACUCGGGGAAACACGCCCUCCGGUCUCCUAAAACACACAGCCGCACGCCACCUGCACAGAUCAGCGGAAGGGUGAUGAGAAGCCGAGGUGCGCCCCCUCCCCCGGCACUACCCAGCCAGACCCCUCCCCACCAGUCAGCUGCCCCCUACCGCAAGCACAAGCAGCGGUCAAAGGACAGCCAAGCCUACAGGGCCUUACAGGGCCCCCUGCCAACUACAGGACCAGUGGUGGAGAGGGAGCAGGUGAGAGACCUGCCCAGCGUGCUGCUGUAUGAGGGGGGACUGGCACAAGUGGUACAGCGGCAUGAGCAUCACCACCACCAUGAACACCAUCACCACUACCACCACUUUUAUCAGUCCUGAAUUUUCACUCUGGUAGGACAGCUCAGCACAACCCCACAAAACCAACCGGGCCAGCAGACUGUGACUGCAGUGAGCUCCAUCCACCAAUGCAGGGACGCUGCAUAUUGAGCAGCACUGCUCCAGCAGGGGCAUUGUAGAGGACAGAAGGGGUUUCCCAGUGCUGAGAGGUUAUUAAUCAGUGUUAUUCUGAGGCUGGUCAGACGUUCAAAAGCUCGGGUAUGCAGCAGCAGGACAUUGAUUCAGGGCCACUGUGCGCCCAGGACUGAGGAUCACAGCUAAAGGGGUAAGAGAAAUGGCACAGAUUGACAAUUGAAUAAACAACACAGAAGGUCCUCUUCCCCUGAGUCUGUAAUCCUAAACAUGAUGAAAGACUCCAAAACCAGCACCACAACCCCUCCAGACCACUAAGCCGAUGGGUCUUUAAGGAAAAGGAGGGACAAGAGAGAGAGACUGUGAUGUAAAGAAGAAAAUAUAUGAAGGAAUUUAGGUGAGAGCAGGGCAUGGUGUGUGUGUGUGUGUGUGUGUGUGUGUGUGUGUGUGUGUGUGUGUGUGUGUGUGUGUGUGUGUGUGUGUGUGUGUGUGUGUGUGUGUGUGUGUGUGUGUGUGUGUGUGUGUGUAAAAUAGUGCUUGUGUGAGCGUGUGUGCAUAUGUGAGUGUCACGACACUGGUGUCUGUUAAAAACCACUUGAAGUGCACUCAUGGGUGCAUGAGUAUUUAAAGCAGGCUGUCAGGCAGGUUUUUUUUAAGAUGAAAAUGAAGAUUCUGAUUUAAGCACGCAAUACCCCUGUAAGCAAAAAUGGGAAGGAAAAUGAUGAAAUGCUACAAAGUAAAAAAAAAAAAAAAACAAGAAAAAAAAACAAAAAACAAGAGAUCCCAAAUCCGCUGCUACCUCUAAUUUUAUCCUAAUUGUUGUAAUGUUGACUUUGACUAAGAGGUUAUUUUCAAAUUAUUAUGAAACUUUUUUGAAAGAAAAAGAAAUUGUGUCACUAUCUUCAGUACUGAAGUGUCGAGAAGCUCCUUACUUUUAUGAACUAACAUUAACUGUACAUAAGGUAUAUAUAUUGUUAUCAAUUUUAUAAGCUUUAUUGAUGAUGUGAUUUCUUUGUAUUCACUAUCUGAAGCUUCUCUGUGUUUUUUCUUCACCCAUUUUUAUAAAAACCACUCUGAGCCCUACUUCGAGAACAAAACUGAAUCCAUCUCACAUCUUUCACUCUCCCUCUGUUUCAACCAUCUCAUCUCCUCAUGAUACAGUUCACUUUCAUGAAGUAAUUAUUCCUAAACGACUAAAACUCCAACUCCCAGCAGUGCUGUGCAGAAGCUCACAUCACAUUAAAGGUUGUCUUCAACAAACACCUGGUUAUCCUGAA